AAUAACAAGAAAAAAAUAAAAAAAAUGUUAAAAAAACUUGUAAAAGCCUUUCUAAUAUUAUACAUGUUAUUAAUAUCUUUAUCAAAAUCCCAAAAAGAGGAUUAUUUCUACGAACGUAUUCACACUGUUAGACUAGAAGGAAGUACUGAUGAAACCGUAUAUUGGAUAAAUAUAUAUAUAGGUAGCCCUCCCUAACGCUAAACCGCAAUAAUAGACACUGGAAGUUAUUUAUUAGCAUUUCCUUGCUAGGAAUGUAAAACAUGUGGUGACCAUAUUAGUUAUCCAUAUGAUUUAGAAAAAUCGUUAACUGCAAAAAAGGAAAAAUGUAAAUCAACAAAAUUAUCAUGUUAAGGUUAUUGUAAUAAUUUUUCCCAAGAAUGUAAUUGGAGUGUAAGUUAUGCGGAAGGAUCUUCAAUAAGUGGUUAUAUGGCCGGAGAUUAUGUUGUUUUGGGGGAUGAGAUGUAAGAUUAUAUCGAAAAAUUGACCAAAAACUAAAUUUCGGAAAAGGAAGAAUAAGAAUAUUUGACUUAUAUUAAACACGAGAGUGUUUUUUUGAAUUUCGGGUGCACAACAAAUGAAACUAAUUUAUUCCUGAGUUAAGUGCCAGAUGGAAUUAUUGGUUUAGCUCCUUCGGAUAAAAGCGGAAGAGCAAAUACAGGAAAUAUUGUAGAUGAGAUUUUCAAAAAGCACAAAUAAAAUAAUGAAACUCAUGUUUUUUCUUUAUGUUUAAAUGCAGAAAAAGGUGGUUAUAUGAGUGUUGGAGGUUAUAAUUAUGAAUUACAUGAAAAAAAUGCGAGAACUUAAAUUAUUCCAUUUGAUUCUGAUAGUGGUUACUAUUCAGUUAGCAUUAAACAAAUUCUUAUUUAAAAUAAUGUUAUUGUUACAAAUAUUGGUUAUACUAUUAUUGAUUCGGGUACUACUAUUGUUUUAGGUCCUUCAAGAAUUAUUAAUCCAAUCAUUUAAAAAAUUAAUGAAUUAUGUGAAAGUGAAUAGUAUAGUUGCGGAGGUUCUAAAAAAAAUGGAGAUAAAUAAUAGAGUAAGUUUUUGUAUAAUCCAUCUAAAUAUGAGAAUAAUGUGAAUAAUUUUUUUGAUAGUUUCCCUAAUAUUGACUUUAAAUUUGAGAAUGGGUAAGUUAUUGUAUGGAAACCAAGUGCUUAUUUAUAUAUAGACCGAAAAAAUGGGUACAAGAAUUUGUAUUAAUUCGGGUUUGAGGCUUACGAGAGUGGAAAAUUAUAUUUAGGAGGACCUUUUAUGAAAAAUUAUGAUAUUUUAUUUGAUAGAGAUAAUUAAGAAAUUCAUUUUACGGCUUCUAAGUGCACUAUAGAAGGGAUUACAAGUAUGCAUAUGAAUAAUAAUUCAAAUAAGGUAAAAAAAAGUAUAGAAGAUGGAACAUUUGUAAAGGACGUUUAAAAUUUUAAGAAGAAUAUUUACAUUAUGUAAAAAAAAUAUACCAAAAUAAAUAAUGAUUAUUAAAAAAACAAUCAAAAUAACGAUUAUAAUAAUAAUAAUUUUAAAAAUAAUAGUAAUAAUAAAGAUAACACAAAAGAUUAAAACAAAAAUUUAAAUAAUUUAGUUAAAAUAAUUUGGGUUUUAAUGGUUUUAUUAGGAGUUUUUUCGCUUGUUGUCUCUUUUUAUUAUAUUUAUAGAAAUUUCAAAAAAAAUUAUGAUCCGAAAUUAAUUCAGUUAGAUGAUUAGGAUGAUGAUUUAACUAUAGGAAAUAAAUAGUAAAAUUAGAGAAAUAAUGAAUUACAAUCGUCUGAUCAUUAGUAAAUUUAAAUGUAAGAAAGUGUAAACAAUAAUGAAAUUUAAUAAAAUCAUUUGGAAAAUGUAUGAAAUAAUAAUUAUUUAUUAGAGAAAACUUAACAAAUCUAAAUAAUUUUAUUUUUUUGUUUAUAAUUAUUUUUUUAUGAAUACUAAAUUUUUGUUUGAAUUGUAUUUAUAAUAAAUAAUUUGAAAAUUAUU